AUGAUUAUCGGUGAACAGUGGAAGGCUGAGGGUGAAGAGCAGAAGAAGGUUUGGCAAGACCUUGCGCAGGAAGAGAAGGCUAGGCACCAGGAACAAUACCCCGACUAUCGCUACCAACCGCGUCGUCUUGGCAAACCUGGGUCGUCACCGUUGAACCCUACUGGCCAGCAUACGACAGUUGACAAGUACCGUUGUCACAAGUGUGGUGGCCGCAGUCUGAGAACACCUACCAGUCCUUUCCUCGACGCCUCUGGCACCCCAACUCUGCCGCCUCCUAACAUCUCGGAAGGCCUCACGCCAACAACUCGUUACCUACCCGUGAUGAGUAACCUUAGCCUUGAGUCGCCCGGUCAUCGCCGAGGCCCCAUUCCACCAAGCCUCAGUAACAUUCAGCUCAAUCCGACCAUGCGUGGAGACACGAUGAUGUAUAGCCCUUUGACGCCGAACAAGAAGCGCCGCUUCGACCAAGGGCCUCCGCCAACGAGUAACGGUCGUAGACCAGACGGAUCGCACAACGGCCCGAUCCAGCAAUACGCUGUCUAUCGACGCGAGUCUUUGCCGCCCAUCCAUGUGACGCCACACAGUGCGACGAUGCCUCCUCCGAGAACCCCUCGCGAGAUGCGCCAUCAGUCAAUGGUUGAGCUAGGAUCUCUACAGUCCGAUGGCAGUCCCAAGAGCGUAGAAGAAGUUCUCAGUGCUUUCCCAUACCCCAAUAAGAUCAAACUCCUCGGACGUAUAACGCCUCCCUAUCAGUACAAAGAGCCUGGUUCCGCCAGCCCAUCCUACCGCGCCAAUCGCGGUGCCAUCAUUGCGAUCGAAGGCGACGACCCAGCUGCCGUCAAAGAACUCACAGAAUGGCUCAACGAAUACCUCAUCAAGCAAAAAGAAUACAGUCCCCAAAUCGCCGAGCCACCGCAAGCCCCCACCAACAACGCCGACAAAGAAGUUACCUUCGAAAACUACCUCGACCUAAUCAAAGAAUGGCACGCCAAGAGCAAAGAAAUGAUCAAAUACAUCACCACCACACCCACUUCCCCCACAGACACCCCGUCACCCAACAACAGCGACACAAUCAUCGUCUCCACAAAAGACACCCGCAAAGACUCCGCCACACCCCCCGACUCCCCCUCCCACUCCCUUUCUUCCACCUCCCCCACCAUCAAACCCGUAAUCCUGCUCCCAACCUUCCAACUCGCCGCCUCCAUCGCCUACGCCUCCCGCAUCCCCAUCCAAGAUGCCUACAGCCCAACCGACCACUGGCAGUGGAUGGCGACGCUGUGGCGCGGCACCGUAGGACCCGAUUUGACGUUGUAUGUGAAGAGCUUUGAUCCGAAGGAGGGGCAGGUGGGGCUGAAACCGGAGAUGGACGAAGGGGUUAGGUGUUUGAGUGUUUGGAAGGCGUGUGGACCUGGUGGCAGGUUUGCGGAUGCGGAUUUGAGGAGGGUGGGGUUUGAGGUGGGUGAGUGGGUUAAGGGUUAG